AUGACCAAGUACAGAAGGUGGACAAAUACCUCUAUCACAUGCGCCUGUCUGAUGAGACACUCCUGGAGAUAUCAAACAGGUUCUACAAAAGAAAUGGACAAGGGACUUGGGGCAGAGACCAACCCCACAGCCUGUGUGAAGAUGUUGCCAACAUUUGUGCGAUCCACACCCGAUGGAACAGAAAAUGGAGAUUUCCUGGCACUGGAUUUGGGAGGAACCAACUUCCGUGUUUUACGGGUGAAAGUUUCAGAUAAUGGAAAAAAGAAAGUAGAGAUGGAGAAUCAGAUUUAUGCCAUCCCUGAGGAUCUGAUGAGGGGGAGUGGAUCACAGUUGUUUGACCACAUUGCUGAAUGUCUGGCCAACUUCAUGGAGAAACUAAACAUUAAAGACCAGACGCUUCCUCUAGGAUUCACCUUCUCAUUUCCCUGCUACCAGACUAAACUAGAUGAGAGCAUACUGGUAAACUGGACCAAAGGAUUUAAGGCCUGUGGAGUGGAAGGAAAAGAUGUGGUAACCCUUUUACGGCAAGCAAUUAAGAAACGUGGGGAUUUUGACAUUGAUAUCGUGGCAGUGGUGAAUGACACAGUGGGGACAAUGAUGACCUGUGGAUUUGAUGACCACAACUGUGAGAUUGGACUUAUUAUAGGUACUGGCACCAAUGCCUGCUACAUGGAAGAUAUGCGUCACUUAGAUCUGGUGGAGGGUGACGAGGGACGCAUGUGUGUCAACAUGGAGUGGGGAGCAUUUGGAGAUGAUGGAACACUGGAUGACAUUAGGACUGAGUUUGACAGAGAGAUUGACAUGGGAUCUCUUAACCCUGGAAAGCAGAUGUUUGAGAAGAUGAUCAGUGGGAUGUACAUGGGAGAGCUGGUCCGGCUCAUUCUAGUCAAGAUGGCCAAGGAAGAUCUCCUGUUUGGCGGAAGAAUCACUGCUGAUCUAUUGACCACUGGACACUUUGAGACACGCUAUGUAUCAGAAAUUGAAAAAGAUAAAGAAGGGAUCAAAACAGCACAUGCAAUCCUAAGCAAAUUGGGACUGGAACCUUCACAUGAAGACUGUGUAGCAACCCACCGAAUCUGCCAAAUUGUGUCCACCAGAUCUGCCAAUUUAUGUGCAGCCACACUUUCUGCAGUCCUGAGGCGUAUUCGGGAGAACAAGGGUGUGGAACGACUGAGAUCAACUGUGGGCGUGGAUGGAUCUGUGUACAAAAAUCACCCCCAUUUUGCCCGUCUGCUUCAGAAGACUGUUCGCCGACUUGUACCUGACUGCGAUGUUCGAUUCAUCCGUUCGGAAGAUGGCAGUGGUAAAGGAGCGGCCAUGGUGACAGCUGUAGCAUACCGAUUGGCUGACCAGCGUCACGAGCGUGAGAAGACUCUUGAAUCUCUGAACUUGAGCAAUAAGCAGCUUCUAGAGGUCAAGAGACUCAUGAGAGUGGAAAUGGAUAGAGGCCUGAAAAAGGCAAGUCACGAUGAGGCCACAGUGAAGAUGCUGCCCACAUAUGUGCGGUCUACUCCUGAUGGAACAGAGCGGGGUGACUUCCUGGCAUUGGAUCUCGGGGGCACUAAUUUCCGGGUACUCCUGGUGCGUGUUCGGAAUGGAAUGAGACGCGGAGUGGAAAUGCACAACAAGAUCUACACCAUUCCCCAGGAUGUCAUGCAGGGGACCGGAGAAGAGCUGUUCGAUCACAUUGUGCACUGCAUUGCCGACUUCCUGGAAUAUAUGGGCAUGAAAGGAGUGUCCCUACCACUUGGGUUCACCUUCUCUUUUCCUUGCCACCAGAACAGCCUAGACGCGGGCAUUCUUUUGAAGUGGACAAAAGGUUUCAAGGCAUCUGGCUGUGAAGGAGAAGAUGUUGUGAAUCUCUUGAAAGAAGCUAUCCACAGAAGAGAAGAGUUUGACUUGGAUGUAGUAGCUGUUGUGAACGACACAGUAGGCACCAUGAUGACAUGUGGCUAUGAAGACCCAUACUGUGAAAUGGGACUGAUUGUCGGUACUGGCAGUAAUGCCUGUUACAUGGAAGAGAUGAGGAAUGUGGACCUGGUGGAGGGAGGAGAAGGUAGAAUGUGCAUCAAUAUGGAGUGGGGAGCAUUUGGUGAUAAUGAUUGUCUGGAAGAUUUCCGUACAGAGUUUGACACGGCAGUGGAUGAGCUGUCUCUUAACCCUGGAAAGCAGAGGUUUGAAAAGAUGAUCAGUGGCAUGUACCUUGGGAGAUAGUCAGGAAUAUUUUGAUAGACUUUACCAAACGAGGACUCCUGUUCCGUGGAAAGAUCUCUGAAAGACUCAAGACAAGGGGCAUCUUUGAAACAAAAUUUCUGUCUCAGAUUGAGAGUGAUCGCUUGGCAUUGCUGCAGGUACGCUCCAUUCUCCAGCACCUUGGAUUGGACAGCACGUGUGAUGACAGUAUCAUUGUGAAGGAGGUGUGCACAGUCGUGGCCCGGAGAGGUGCUCAGCUAUGUGGAGCUGGAGUGGCCGCUGUGGUUGACAAGAUUAGGGAAAACCGUGGACUGGAGACCCUAAAGGUCACAGUGGGAGUGGAUGGAACUCUCUAUAAGCUUCACCCACACUUUUCCUCCAUCAUGCACCAAACUGUGAAAGAACUGUCUCCAAAGUGUCAGGUGACCUUUAUGCAGUCAGAAGAUGGCAGUGGAAAGGGAGCAGCACUCAUCACAGCCGUGGCAUGCAGGAUCCGGGAAGCAGGCCAACGCUAG